AUGGCGGAGGACAAAGAAAGUGGAGAAAACGAAAACAUUUUGGCUAUUCACAGGAAAAUAACGGCCGCCUUUGAGCCGUUUGACUACGAGUCCAAAAACACGGUGGACGUUCGGGAGAUCGGCACCAUCAUGUAUUCUCUGGACUGCUUCCCCACUCAAGCAGACAUACGUGAAUUUAUAGCUGAGGUGGAAGAAAAUUCCUCUGGAACUGUACAUCUGGAUAGGUUCAUGCCAGCUAUGACCAAAGUCCUGUUGGAGAACAAGUUUCCUCCCAUCCCCAGGAGCAAAAUAUUUCAGGCAUUUAAGGUUCUCGACAAAGAGCAGAGAGGUUUCGUCGAACCCGAAGAGCUGACAAAGUUUAUGAUGGAGGAAGGUGAACCUUUCACUCAAGAGGAGAUGGACGAGAUGCUAACAGCACACACCAAUCGGAAGGAGAACGUCAUUUAUUAUGACAAGUUGAUCAACAAACUCACUGCUGACGCUCCCAAGUAGAAAGAGUCAUUGUGUGUUAGAAAAACUUAAGAAAUAACUAUUUAUCGCACUAUUUCAUUAAAUAAUAUUGUGCCUGUAAAGGGUGUAAUGGACUUGAUGGUAUGGAAAUAAUCCAGGCUGUGUUCAGGUUCUGAGUUGGUCAGAGCUGCACUUUGAGGGAGGCUGUGGGUUUAAAAUAGAUGCUGGGUGACAGACUGGGUCUUAAAAUAGCAAGACGUUUUGCAACCUCUGCAGUACAUUUCACAGUGAGCUUGUUUUACAGUGAAAAUGUUCUUUUCCACACUGUAGUUGGAGCAUAUAGAGUAUAAAGGCAACGCUGAAACAGCAAAAGCCUCAUCCACCUCAUCUUCAGUCUUGAGUGGGUUAGGCUCCAUUAUUGCUUUCUUACAACUAAAAGUUAUUUUAAUGAAUGUCAGAUAAAAUGCUGCAAUGAAUCUCAUUCCUUUAUGAGGGCGUGGCAGAGAAAUAUAACCAGAUUAUCUUUUAUUACCACCAUCUACUGGUGUGUUUGUCCCUUCAAACUGUCAUUGCCACAAGUUAAUGAGCAUCUUGGCUUUUAAGAAUCUGUCAAGACUGAGAAUCGUUUAGUGAGUCCUAAGCUUUAACUCUUUUCCUGGAUACAUUUAAAAAAAUGUUUAUCCUUUUUUUAGCCUGUAUAUUUGAUAUCAAAAUCAGAAACAUGUAAUUGACGUAAUAAUUUAUUUUAUAUUAUAGCAGAUGUAAAGCUACUUUAAACUUAAAUUAAAGCUUCAGUGUGCUAUUUAUUUUAAAUAAAUGUAUUCACAUAUUUGUUAAAACUGUCCUUAUGUUGUCACAGCUAAUCUGAAAAGAUCAACCUCCUCCUGGAGCUACUGUUACUGUCUGAAGAGAUGCACCGCUCCCGACCAAAAACAACCAAUCAGAGCCAGGAGGGAGUUAUUAGUGCAGUCAAUCACCCUCUUGUACUUGCUGCUCAGUGUGCCAAUAGCAGAGAAACAACUUACCGUCACAGGAAAACCGUUCAUCCUCCAUCAUCGGUGGCCAUGCUAACUAGUUUAGUGUUCACAACGGGUUCUGCUGUCAGGAAGAAGGCGAGUAGCGGAGAGAAAGAAGCGUCACACAGAGGGUGAUUAACAGCACUAAGACCCGCCUUCUGGCUCUGAUUGGUUGUUUCUACUUAGCAUUGGGAGAAGGCAGAAGAGCUCGACUUUAUCCGUCUCAUACAGUCACAGUGACAGUUUCAACAAAUUAAUCUGACCGUUUUAAAGUAAUUAGAUUACAGAUUUACAUUUAAUGUGUUGUGUAAAUACAGUGGAACCGUGGUCAAGAUGAUCAUACGGUCAGCAUCUUGUACUGGACUAUCAUUAAUCCAAAGGUUAAAGGUGAUGUGAGUUGGUAAAGCAAGUCGAUGGUGAAAACGUUAAAAGUCGGCAUGAAAUGAUUUAGCUACAUGAGGAUGAGAAGAUAAAAAAUGUCACCGUGCUGCUCUAUGAUAAAGAAGCUGUGAUUAAAUAAUUAAUAACAAAACAAAGCAAUGAUUGCUGAUCAGCAUUUUAUCAGAUGAUUCUGCAAUGACUCAACAUGCAUGAAACAGUUACACAGCUGCAGAACACACAUGAAUGAUCCCACUUAUCCAACGCGUAGAUAAGUGCCCAGACAAACAAACGGUUCCCUCACUGAGCAUGCUGCAGUGUUUGCAUCCACUGCCAAAUUAGCAUUUAAAUCACAGUUUAAGACAAAUACAUACACUUCAAACAGAAAACCACAGAAACAGGCUGUAAAAAACACCCUGAUUUUAUGAAACACCAACAGUAAAAACAGAAUAAGGCUCAUUUACCCUCAGAUUCACCAAUUACAAGCAAAACAAAUACACAAGAUUUAAAGAGAUUUCCACAUUUUCCUGAAUUUCUGACCUCAUACUAUGUAACAAAAUCAUGUGUUGCACAUAUAAAGUGGUUUUUGCAAAAAAAAAAAAAUAAUAAUUUUUACCAAGAAAAGAAACUUUA